AUGAUAGCCCUGGAGCUGCAGGCCUCAUCCUCCGCCUCUUCUCUGUCUGGACCAGGUUCAGCUGAUUGGGCUGAGACUGAGUGCCAACACUGGACAGACAGCCAAAGUGACGAGGACAGUGACACAGAGGAGAUCCCGUGUGGAAUACAUGAGAGCUGUGCCACUGACCUGUAUCGCCACCCCCAGCUGGAGAGAGACAUUGAGGCGGUCAGGACUUUGUAUUCAGACUCUGCAGUCUCUGUCAGGGAGUAUGGGUCAAUAGAUGAUGGGGAUGUUGACUUGACAAUUAGUGCCAACUUUUUGGAUGAGGAGGUGGCCAAAGCCUGGAGGAUUAAUGCAUCGGAGCCCAUCGUCAUCCGUCUGCACUUUUCUCACUCUCAGUAUCUGGAUGGACCUGCACCUUCAGUUGAAGUCUUUCAGACAUCCAACACGGAUCAUUUCAGCCUUCGGAAACAACUGCAGAAUAUUCUCACAGUCUUCAUAUCUCGGGAGUGGAAGCACCUGACAAACGAGAGCAUCGUAGUAGAACAGAAGAGCAGACACAGCUGGUUCAAGCCAAGUGGAACCAUCAAGAAAGUUCGUGCGAGAUUCAGCAUCUGGUUACCACUGUCAAAGUAUGUGAUGAUUCCUUUAUUGUCAAAUGAUCUCAAGGAACCAACUAUGAGAGGAAGGAUACUUUUACCAGCAAUGAAACUGAGUCGUUUCACAAAUCAUACAACCUCCUACACCUUCAAGAAUCCCCCAGGAGAGCUCUUCACCUACACACCCAGUGGAAAGAGGGUGGCGAUGUCAGCAGUCAAAUCGUCAGCGCAGCUUAAUACCAAACAGCUGAUAGAGCUGCUUUUCUCCUCCCAGGCCAUCAGGCACUGUAAGACCACCCCUACUCUGCAGCAUGGCUUCUUAGUACAGAUAAUGAGGUAUGCUGAGCAGAGGAUGCCCACGCUGAAUGAAUACUGUGUGGUCUGUGAUGAGCAACAUGUGUUUCAGAACGGCCCCAUGUUAAAGCCUGCAGUUUGCACAAGGGAGCUAUGUGUGUUUUCAUUUUAUACGCUGGGGGUUAUGUCUGGAGCCACAGAGGAUGUUGCAACUGGUGCAGAGGUGGUUGACCUGUUGGUCGCUAUGUGCAGAGCUGCUCUUCAGUCGUCACGCAAGAGCAUCAUAUUUGACCCGUACCCUUCUGUUGUUGAUCCAUACAACCCCAAAGCCCUGGCCUUUAGUCCUAAGAGAAAGAGCUACGACAGGCUGCAAAAAGCACUGGACAAUGUCUUGUUAAUAAGGAGGAUGGCACAGGGUCCACGUUGUGAAAUCAAGAAGCAGAUGGACAAAAUAGAUCCUCUCGCCUAUCCCUUACUACAGUGGAUUUUAGCAAGCAACAGAUCACACAUUGUCAAGCUUCCACUGAACAGGCACCUGAAGUUCAUGCACACACCCCAUCAGUUCCUGUUGAUCAGCAGUCCUCCAACUAAAGAGGCUCGUUUCCAAACAGCCAGAAAACUUUAUGGCAGCACCUUUGCUUUCCAUGGUUCCCACAUUGAAAACUGGCACUCUAUUUUAAGAAACGGGCUGGUUAAUGCCUCAUACACAAAAUUACAGCUUCAUGGAGCUGCAUAUGGGAGAGGCAUCUAUUUGAGUCCUAUUUCAAGUGUAUCUUUUGGAUAUUCUGAGAUGGGUAAAGGUCAACACCAAAUAACCACCAAGGAAGACCUCAUAAAGAAAUACAACCGGAUAAAUAAAAUCAAACAGGAACAGCCAGGGCAGGCGAGGUUUCUGCAGAGCAAGAACCUGAACUGCAUUGCGCUCUGUGAGGUCAUAACUUCAAAAGACCUUCAAAAACAUGGGAACAUUUGGGUGUGUCCGACCUCCGACCAUGUGUGCACACGUUUCCUCUUUGUGUAUGAAAAUGGUCAGGUGGGAGAUGUCCACAUUAACACUCAGGAAGCCAGGAUCCACAGGGAAAUUUUACAAGUAAUUGCUUCAAAGCGGUGCUGAGAAAACAAAUACAUAUAUAUGCACACAUUUCUUUAUGAUUGGAGUGUAGAA